CAGACAGACUGAUUGUUAUAGGGGGGACAGGACAGAUCAUCGAGUAUUGGGGGGGCCGCGAUGAUCGGACUCACUCGCUUUACCACUUCCGAGCGCACGGUUUCCAGUGGCUAGUGAAUACCAGCAAGCGCGGGUACCUUGUGACUUCGACCAGUUCGACCACAGUAGGCCAGUUUACGCGAUGUUUAGAAGUUGACUAUCGUGUAGAAUUCAGUGGUUUUCACUCCGCAGUGAUGUCGAAUCCAAAAGCGCGUCUGUGUCAUAUUCAAAAAUGGGAAAGUUUCGACGGUUACGGCUUCAAUCUUCACGCAGAAAAGGGAAAGCCAGGGCAGUACAUCGGAAAAGUGGACGAAGGAUCGCCGGCUGAAGCAGCGGGCCUACGACAAGGAGACCGCAUCUUGGAAGUAAACGGAGAAAGUAUUGCCAACAAAACGCACAAACAAGUAGUAGAACUUAUAAAAUCUCAGACAGGUGAAACGAAACUACUUGUUGUUGACCCCGAAGAUGACGGUAUCAUUCCCACCGAAGUUAACAAGAAUUCCGAGAAAGAGCUGGAGCACUCGAAGAAAGAACAAGAAAACGGGCAGCUUAAUUUAAGUAUGACAGCUGCAGAACUAAGGGCCAAACUGGCAUCAAAGAAGAAAUUUGAUCCUAAAAAAGAGGCUAUGGAUUUCAAGCAAAAAUUCGACAUUGUACAAAAACUGUAAAAGGCUGACGUUGUUUGUUAAGUUUGAAAAGUUUUUUAAACGUUGUAAAUGUACUUAAAUACCAUGAGAAAACAGUAUACCGCACAAGCGAUAAGUGACCUUGCUUGAUGAAGUUCGUUUGUAUCCACCUGUUGGGUAUACAGGUGUUGCAUAACUAUUGUGACUUGUGCACUAAAUGAUGUGGAACAUUAAUUACUCAGACUAGUUGAAAAUUCAAUAAAUCGGAUUUUUACCGCUGGUAUCUAUAAUUGGUCGAAACAAACGAUUCAAUGACCAAUAAGUAGGUAGUUGGAUUUAUUGAUUAAAGUUAGAAAUUUUACUCUGUUAGAAAUCUUUAGGUUACAUUGAUACAUGAUGCUUGCAAAUAUUCUUUUUUUGGAUAUUCUAACUGAAAUGUCAAGAAAAACAGACUUCUCUCUCUAACCAAUGUAGAUGCCUUAGCGUUUCGUGAGUAGAAUGUCAGUGACUUCAAAUGUGUUUAAAAUUUCAAAUAACUACCUAAAUUGGUAUCUCUAAAGAUGCUAUUUUGGUUUGUUUCAUAUUAUGAAACUCUCAUCUACAGAUUGAUGAGAACGAAUUUUCAACUAAGAUAUCUCCACAAAAUUCAAUGGAUUUGGAUUUUUACCUACAAGUCUUGAAUAGAUACAUUCAUUUGUAAUGUUAUAUGAAUUUGUAAAGGUAAUGAAUUAAUGUGAAGUGAAAUAACUGGCUUAUUGUUUAUGUAGUAUAAUACAUUACCAAUGUUGUAUCAUACUGUUUUCCACGAAUUGUUUUUAUAACUAGUUGGACUGUAAUCAUAUUUAUAUCUUCAAAUAUCCUAUUCACAAUGAUGUAUACCGCGAUGGGACGAGUAAUCCCUAUUUGAAAUUCGAAUUUAUUGUUUUGUACAUUGUUAUAACAUCGAGGUGAAUCGCUCAUUUAAGUUGCCAUCUAUUUCUCUGAAAAAUAAUAAUA